CCAGAAACAGCAGUUGCUGUGACGGAGAACGCAAGAGAAAGCCAGGCUGGAGCUGCCCUGGGAAGUCGAGAGUCUGCCAGAAUCAACGCAGAACAUCGCCAUUUAACUACUGGCAACGGGAAAAGACUGGUGAAGCUACAGAAUGGCGGUGGAUAUCUAUGACUCUCAGUACCUUCUCAUCCUGGCCCCCUCCCUGGUCAUUGCCCUCAUGUUCCUAUUCUUCUGGCUCUUCAUGAAAGAAACCUCUUACGAUGAGGUGCUGGCCCGGCAGAAACGAGACCUCAAACUGCCACCAGCCAAGCCGGACCUCCGUAAGAAGAAUGAAAAGAAGAAGAGCAAGAAGAAGGAGACGGCCAGUGGGGGAAGUGGUGGAGGUGGAGAGCUGGAAGAAGAUCUGCAGGAUUUUGAUAUGACCGAUGGUGCUAACAGCUCCAGUCUGGAGGUAGAAGAGGAACCUGCAGCAGAAGUUACACCAGAACCUGAUCCGCCUGCACCUGCUGCCUAUGUACCUGUUUCAGUGUCACAAGAGGCUCCUGCUGGUCUGAGGGAGAGAAAGAAAGAAAAGAAAAAGGAGAAAAAGGCUGCAAAGGCUGCUGCCGCCGCCGCCGCUGCAGCUACAGCAUCUUCUCUCUCAGAGGAAUCGGAAGUUCAGGAUUCCAAGCCAGUCAGCCACAAGCCUGAUGCCCCUCCAGCUGCAAGCAAACAGUUUAGCCCUCCUUCGCCAAAAGUUGAGGUUCAACCUCAGGUCCAAGCUGUUCAGGCUCCUGUUCAGGCACAGACACCUCCCCAGAUCUCUGGGAAGAAGAAGGAGAGGAAGAAGCAGAAAGCAGAGCCUGUGGAUGUGCAGCAGGUAGAGGUGAAAGCAGAGCUGACCCCAGCACCAGUCAAGAAGGAAGCUCCCAUUGCAGCUGAAACCAAAGUUCUGGAUGGGGCACCUCCAAGUGCCACUGGUGGGAAAAAGAAGAACUCUGCCAAGAAACAGAAGACUGAGCCUGUUGAUGAUGCAAAUUCAGCAGCUUCCGCCAACCACCAGGCAGCCCAUAAUAAUGAUGUACCAUCCACCAAAGGGUCUGGCAAGAAACAGAAGAAUGAGGCUGAUAAAGAGAACACAGAGGUGAAGCUGAAGGAGCUGCUCUCUGGUCUGUCCAGCCUAGCUCUUUCAGAAGCAGAAGCCAUCAGUGUGAUUGCUCUCCUCCGAGAGAAGAACCCUAAUGCCUUGGAUGCCUGGCACAAAUCUGCAGGUAGGCCUGACCCAGCUGCACAAGAACGAGAGAAAUUUCUUACAGUUCUGCAGGAGGAAGCCUCGAUUGCCAAAGACAAAGUGAAACAGCUCAGUCAGGAGCUUCAGCAUGAAAAGCAAAAAACAGGACGGGUGGAGGCCAUGAUGAGAGAGCAACGUACAGCCACAGAGAAGGAGCUGGGAGGCAUGCAGGCCAAAGCACACCAGGAGCUCCAGACCAUGCAAAUAAAGUGUCAGCAGAUGAGGGAGCAACUGGACAGCCAGAUCACUCGACUGCAGCAAGAGAACACUAUCCUCAGGGACGCGGUCAGCACAGCUACCAACCAGAUGGAGAGCAAGAAUUCAGCAGAGCUGAACAAGCUGCGUUCUGAAUAUGGCAGUCUGAUGAAAGAACUGGCAGACAGCAACAGCAAGCUUCAGCAGGAGGAGCACCAAAGGAAGUCACUGGAGGUCAGCUACAAGCAGAACGUGUCCCAGCUGGAGGCCCAACUACAGGAUGCAAAGCGACGCUGGGAAGAGGUGCAAAACUUCCUCCACAAAGUCAGUUCUGAAAGAGAGCAGCUUCAGGCCUCUAACCAAGAGCUCCACAACAAGCUACUGGCAGCUGAGACAGAGAUGAACAACAAGAACAAAGAGAUCCAGACCUUACACGGCAGCCUAACUGAAGCCAUGGUCUCAAAGGACUGUCUGGAGCAGAGAGUGAUGGAGCUAAGGGAAAUCUCUCAGCACAGUAUGCCAGAUGAAUCCAUGCAGGCUCGAGUUCAGGAACUUAUGAAUGAAAACAAAGGUCUUCAGGUCCAGAAAGACAGCCUGCAGGCACAGAUCUCCUCACAGGCCACUCAUGUCUCCCACAUUGAGGAGCUACAAAAGCUGCUGGCUGAUAAGGAGUUGCAACGGAAGAGUCUGGAGGAUUCUCUAAAUGCUGAGAGGAGCAGCGCAGCCAGUAGAGAAACUAACAUGCAGGCUUUGCACAAUGAUAACAUGUCACUGAAGGCAGAGAUUCAGAAUCUGCAGGCACAGAUUUCUGAUCAGGCUGCAUCCCAGCUGGCUUUGGACCAGUUCCAGAAGAGUGUCUGGGAGAAGGAGGAGAGCAUGAAAACUGUUGAGGGGCUUUUGGAGAAGGGGUUGAUUGAGGUGGCUAACAAGGAAGAGGAACUCAAGACUAUUAGAGGGGAAAAUGAAGCACUAAGGCAAGAAAUCGACAAUCUCAAGGGAAAGACAGCAGAACAGGCAUCAUCACAGUUAAUAGUGGAGGAACUCCAGAGCAGCAUCCAAGAGAAGGAUCUGAAGCUGAAAUCGAUGGAAGAGAGUCUGCAGGCAGCACAAGACAGCUGCUCUGCCAGAAAGAAGACUGUUGAGACUCUGGAGCAGCAUUCAGCUGCCCUGCAGGCAGAGCUGGAGCAGCUGAGACAGAAGGAGACACCGGAUGAGUUGACCAGUUCUGUUGCACAGCUCCAAGAGCUCCAGACCCAGCUUGAGGCAAAGGACCAGAAAAUCCAAAUGUUGGAGGCUGAGCUUGAGACAAAGACAAAGGAGCUGAGUGGGAAGGUGGAGCAGAUACAACAGCAGUCCCACACAGGAGUGCCAAACCCAGAGCUCCUUGAAGCGUUGUCAGAGAAGCAGAAGCAAGUCUGCAGUCUGCAGGGCGAACUGGCCGAACUGAGGGACGCACUGGAACUUCACAGGAAAAAGAACAAUGAGCUUCGGGAGAAAAACUGGAGUGCAAUGGAAGCUCUGUCAACCACCGAGUCCAUACUUCAAGGGAAACUCAGCAAAGCUGUCAAGGAGAACCAGGAAGCAUUAGCGAUGUCUCAGGCUGAGUGUCGAGAUGUUCUGCACAGACUUCUUCCUCAUGUGCCUCUGCCUUCUGAACAGAACCAUCAGGACUGGCUGCAAAGAUUUGAGAAGGCAGUAGCUGAAAGCUCAGCUACACAAUCCAGCCCAGCAACAGGAGACUCUGAGGAACUAGCUGAGAAACUGAAAGAAGCCGAGGAUACCCAAAGGAUUCUGCAGAAAGACUGUGAAACCUACAAGAAGGUUUUGGCAGAAACGGAGGGUAUCCUGCAGCGUCUCCAGAGCAGCGUCGAGCAGGAGGAGUCUCGCUGGAAGGUGAAGCUGGAGGUAUCGCAGGCGGAGCUCAAGGAGAUGAACCACAAAGUUGCAAGCUUGGAGCAGGAGAUUGAGAGACUAACUGAUGGAGCAGAGUUGGAGAAUAUGAAAAGAGAAAAACAGCAUCUGGAGUCUGAGUUGGAGAGGGCGGAGCGUGAGAGCGCCACCUAUGUGACAGAAGUCAGAGAGCUCAAAGAUCUGUUGACUGAGUUGCAGACCAGACUUGAUGGCUCAUAUACAGAAGCUAUCAGGCAGAAUGAGGAGCUGAGUUUGCUAAAAACUCAGCUCACUGAGACGCUGUGCAAGUUGGAGACCGAGGAGAACGAAAGGCAAAAGGUGGCUGGUGACCUGUACAAGGCCCAGCAGUCUCUUGAUUCGAUCCAGGGUGAGCUCUCAAAACUAACAGACAACGCUGAUGACCUGAUAGAAAACAGCAGUUUGUCAUCACAGAGGGAAGAGAUUGACAGGAAGGAGAAAAUGACUGCAGGAUUGAAUCAGACAGUCAGAGAAAUGCAACAGCUGCUCCAAGCCGUCAGCCAGCAGCUCACUAAGGGACAGGAGGGUGAAGCUGACAAGGAUCUGCCCAAGGUAUAGUGCGAGGAUGAUGGUACCACACAGCUGCCCUGACUGCACUACAGAGACCACCUUUGACCUUCAGUCUCAUCACUACCACACAGUACCAUACUGUCACACCUAGCCACCUCCUCCCUCCCAACCUCUAUCACCUCACCUGUACUGUAGGCAACUAACUCCAACCCAGGGGCUGGUAAACCACUUUGAGACUUGCUGUUGGCCAUAAGGGAGCAGGCAGAGGUUACUGUUCAAUUCCAAACACUCCAGACAUGGUACCAAAACACAAACUACUCCACUCCAGCCACAUUCCUCUUCUUUUGCAGCAUCAUCAUUUUUAUUCUACACUUAAAGAAUUACCUCCAGCAUAAUUUAAACUGUGUGGCAACCAUUCCUCUGUUUAAAAAAAAAAGUAUUUUUCCAAUGAAAUCCUUUUGCAGUAGUUUUUGUCUCAAAGGCAGAGAUGCAAAUUUCCACCUUAACAAAUUUUGGGUUUUCAGUCCUUCACUUCUUAACUUAAAGUUAUGUAUUGUUUAAAUGUACCAGUUAGGACCUGCUGAAAUACACUAUGUUGUUGAUCUGUUGAUUUGCCUCCUGACCAGACAAUUACCACAAAUUAUAUAUCAUCGUGCAUCCAUUGCUCCAUGCAUACUUUGGCUCAGUACUGGGUGGGAGAAGGGAAAGCAGAAGAGAUCUCGGCAUGCCAGACAGGUCACUACAUGACUGUAACUAUGGAGAUGCAUGGACAAAUUGUAGUCAGGUCUGUACUGCAGCUCCAAAGAUAAGGGAGUCUGUGACCCUGGCAGUGAGAGGGGAAGGCCGGGUCCACCGUUUAGGUUUUUAAUCCUACCACAACUACUCUAGAAACAAGCGUCCCAUUUCAGCUGUAAUCAACACUCGCUAUAAUGUUGCUAAAUUCAUUAACACUGAGAUUUUCUUCUUUUUGUAACGGGUGAUGUUAAUAAAAGGGAUGCUUAAUAAUUCUG